AUGGUCCGUGCCGCCAGGGCCCUCCUCUCUGCUGUCACUCACCUGCUGGUGCUGGCCGACAUGUCUGACGUCUACAAGCUGCUGCUGCAACUCAAACUGGUGAGACACACACACACACACACCACACACACACACACACACACACACACACACACACACACACACACACAGGGAGGAACACGCGCUGGCGGUGAGACACACACACACAGGGAGAAACACGCGCUGGCGGUGAGACACACACAGGGAGGAACACGCGCUGGCGGUGAGACACACACAGGGAGGAACACGCGCUGGCGGUGAGACACACACAGGGAGGAAACACGCCUGGCGGUGAGACACACACAGGGAGGAACACGCGUGGCGGUGAGACACACACAGGGAGAAAACACGCGCUGGCGGUGAGACACACACAGGGAGAAACACGCGCUGGCGGUGAGACACACACAGGGAGAAAUACGCACUGGCGGUGAGACACACACAGGGAGAAACACGCGCUGGCGGUGAGACACACACACAGGGAGAAACACGCGCUGGCGGUGAGACACACACACAGGGAGAAACACGCGCUGGCGGUGAGACACACACACAGGGAGAAACACGCGCUGGCGGUGAGACACACACAGGGAGAAACACGCGCUGGCGGUGAGACACACACAGGGAGAAACACGCGCUGGCGGUGAGACACACACAGGGAGAAACACGCGCUGGCGGUGAGACACACAGGGAGAAACACGCGCUGGCGGUGAGACACACACAGGGAGAAACACGCGCUGGCGGUGAGACACACAGGGAGAAACACGCGCUGGCGGUGAGACACACAAGCAAACUCGUCAUGAAUUACUAAAUCAUUCUAAACUUGCAUCUCGGCGCCAUCUCUCUGGCUUUGAGUCACAUUCUGAGGUAGCUAGUCAUGUAGUGAUGACUCAAGGGGGCUCUUGUGGAUAUGACUGAACUCCCAUAUAGCUGAAGGAAAUCUAUUUAACUAGCUUAUGAAUAACUUAGAUAUUCUUUAUUGCAUCGAAGAAAAUAAAAACAAAUAAAUAACCUUAAAAGAAAGCAACACAAGUCUACUUAUUCAGCAAUUUUUGUAGGUAAAUAGUUUGCUUGACUCAAACUUCCGUUCUGGUGUCUUCGCUAAAGGCCUACAUUUCAAACAAGGUCUUCUGUGUUUGUUGAUCUCUUCACCGGUACUUCAGCUGUUUAUCGCUGUUUAAAAGGAAACCUAAAUCCUGACCUUAAACAAGGAGGCCACACACACAACAGAGACGACCUUGCUGUUUAUCAUCUAUCAUAGUCUUCGUCCCAAAUGGCUUCCUAUUCUCUAUGUAGUACACUACUUUUGACCGGGGCCUAUAGGGGGAAUAGGGUGCCAUUUGGGACGUGGACAUAUCCUAUACUACCUAUGUAACCUGUUCUGAUUUUUAUAAUUACACCGACACAGCCAGACGGUGAGGUCAUUGUGUCAAACAACGUCAACAAUGAAGCGGAGUCACUUUUUUUUUUACAGCCAGGUUCUAAAAUGGCCGACAUCUGUCAUUCUUCAAGCUCAGACAGGACAGCAGGUUGAAAAGGAAAAUGACUGUGUGUUUAGUGUCUCGGAUUGCCGGGUGCAUAUCUAGGAUCAGUUUGGCCUAUUAAGAUCAUAGAUUAUAUGGACCGCUAGAUCAUCACUCUUACUCUGAGAUGCUUUAGGAAUACGGGCCCAGGCCACUACAGACAUGCUAUGAUUAACUGUGAAACUAAGCAGAAAGAGAGAUUUGGUAGAAAAGCACUACGUUCUACUCUUGAGGUUAGAAAGCCUCCACAAUCCCGUGGGAUGGCCUCGUGGGCUCCACCCUGUGAUCUAGUUGGGGUUAUUUUUAAAAACGUUGCCAUACUGGCUCUUAACAUUGAGUUCUUCCACUUUACCUUAUCAUGGCUCUGUUUAUAGCCAACCACUUCACUGGGUUAGUGCCUUCCAGAUACUUGGGAGUAUGUCCCUAAUGGCAACCUGUUCCCUAAUGUAGUGCACUACUUUUGACCAGGGUCCAAUAUCUCGAAUGGCACCCUAUUCCCUAUGUAGGGCCCUGCUGUGUAGGGAAUGAGGUGCUGUUUUUAAGACCCAUCCAGACUGAGGCAGUGCUGUAGCUAUAUCUGAGGCCCUGAGUCGGAGAAGCCCUGGCACGCUCUGGCCACCCUGUAGCAACAUGUUGGUGUUGCCAGCCCGCCAGCCAACUGCAGGAGACUGAAAUUAUUUAUCUUUCCGCAUUCCAGAUACACAGAGGCUGAGUCCCAAAUGGCACCCUAUUCCCUAUGCAGUGCACUACUUUUUUGACAAGGGCCCCAUAGUGAAUAGGGUGUGAUUUAGGACGCACGUACAGAGACUGUACCUGCAUGCUCUGGGUGGAUUAUAGAAUCAUAUCAUAUUGACAGUGUUCCUGAAUCCUGAGACGUUAAACAUUUACUCCAGGCAUUGUAGUUCAAUCUUAUUUGGUCUUUUUUUUUUUUUUCAUUGGGGAGAGGGAACUGUGCAAACCUACACCUAGUAACCGUGGUUAAAAGUAAUAUAAAUUGGCAUCCUCAGUUAUAGCUAGAGCAUAACUGCCUCCCUCAGCCUCAGGCCUGGCUAAUCUACAGCCAGCCCUUUAGCCCUGAGGCCUGGCUAAUCUACAGCCAGCCCUUUAGCCCUCAGGCCUGGCUAAUCUACAGCUCGCCCUUUAGCCCUCAGGCCUGGCUAAUCUACAGCCAGCCCUUUAGCCCUGAGGCCUGGCUAAUCUACAGCUAGCCCUUUAGCCCUGAGGCCUGGCUAAUCUACAGCCAGCCCUUUAGCCCUGAGGCCUGGCUAAUCUACAGCUCGCCCUUUAGCCCCGAGGCCUGGCUAAUCUACAGCUCGCCCUUUAGCCCUGAGGCCUGGCUAAUCUACAGCUACCUGGCUAAUCUACAGCCAGCCCUUUAGCCCUGAGGCCUGGCUAAUCUACAGCUACCUGGCUAAUCUACAGCCAGCCCUUUAGCCCUGAGGCCUGGCUAAUCUACAGCUACCUGGCUAAUCUACAGCCAGCCCUUUAGCCCUGAGGCCUGGCUAAUCUACAGCUACCUGGCUAAUCUACAGCCAGCCCUUUAGCCCUGAGGCCUGGCUAAUCUACAGCCAGCCCUUUAGCCCUGAGGCCUGGCUAAUCUACAGCAUGCAGCUAAACUAGCUCUGUAGGAGAUGCUACUGGAGAAAAUAGCCCCAAAUGGCACCCUAUUCCCUAUAUAGUGCACUACUUUUGACCAGAGCCCAUAUGAGAGGGGCCCUACCUAGAGCUACUGUAUUAGGACAGACCACAGCCCUUCUCUCUCCCCUCUGUCUGUGAAAAGGAAAGUCUAGUCGGUAAGCUAGCUGUCACAUCGUGUUAACAUGUGGCCUAUACUCGCUGCAGUAGGGCAGACAAGCUGUGCUCUCUAGGCAGAGGAACACUGACUGCUACCCAGCUACAUGACCUUGCACAUUCAGAGAUGUUUAUAAAUGUUGUUCCUGUCAAACACGUCUAAAGUAAAGACUCAUAGGCGGCAUCCCAGACGGCACCCUAUUGUUUAUGUAGUGCACUAUAUAGGGAAUAGGGUGCCAUUUGAGACUUAUAAUAUUUACUGUACAGGAGGAGGAAGUUUAUGUAACUUCAUAUUACUAAAGGUACACUAUAUAUACAAAAGUAUGUGGACACCCCUUCAAAUUAGUGGAUUCGGCUAUUUCAGCCACACCCGUUGCUGACAGGUAUUUAAAAUCGAGCACACAGCCAUGCAAUCUCCAUAGACAAACAUUGGCAGUAGAAUGGCCUUACUGAAGAGCUCAGUGACUUUCAACAUGGCACCAUCAUAGGAUGCCACCUUUCCAACAAGUCAGUUUGUAAAAUGUCUGUCCUGAUAGAGCUGCCCCGGUCAACUUUAAGUGCUGUUAUUGUGAAGUGGAAACGUCUAGGAUCAACAACGGCUCAGCCGCGAGGUGGUAGGACACACAAGCUCACAAAACGGGUCUGCCGAGUGCUGAAGCGCGUAGCACGUAAUGAUCGUCUGUCCUCGGUUGCAACACUUACUACCGAGUUCCAAAAAUGCCUCUGGAAGCAACGUCAGCAUAAGAACUGUUCGUCGGGAGCUUCAUGAAAUGGGUUUCCAUGGCCGAGCAGCCGCACACAAGCCUAAUGCCACGAUCACACCCACACCUACAGCGUCAUUGCGCAAAAUGGUACACCGCAUCAUCUGGAUAUGUGUGCAACAAAAGUUCAACAUUCACCCUCUGCUACCAUUUCUGUCAAGCCGUCUACUCAUACAGUGUACAGCCACACUGAACGCACUGCAGCUGCCUCUGCAACGCAAUGCUGCAAGUCAAACACAGCGUUCCAUUGGGAAUGAAUGUACUUUUGGUGUACCAAAAUGCAAUGACGCUGUCGGUGUGAUCGAGGUGUAAGAUCACCAUGCGUAAUGCCAAGCGUCGGCUGGAGUGGUGUAAAGCUCGCCGCCAUUGGACUCUGGAGCAGUGGAAACACGUUCUCUGGAGUGAUGAAUCACGCUUCACCAUCUGGCAGUCCAACGGACUAAUCUGGAUUUGGCGGAUGCCAGGAGAACGCUACCUGCCCCCGUGCACAAAGCGAGGUCCAUACAGAAAUGGUUUGUCGAUCGGUGUGGAAGAACUUGACUGGCCUGCACAGAGCCCUGACCUCAACCCCAUCGAACACCUUUUGGGAGGAAUUGGAACACCGACUGCGAGCCAGGCCUAAUCGCCCAAAAUCAGCGCCCGACCUCACUAAUGCUCUUGUGGCUGAAUGGAGGCCAGUCCCAGCAGCAAUGUUCAAACAUCUAGUGGAAAGCCUUCCCAGAAGAGUGGAGGCUGUUAUAGCAGCAAAGGGGGGACCAACUUCAUAUUAAUGCCCAUGAUUUUGGAAUGAGAUAUUGGAUGAGCAGGUGUCCACAUACUUUUGGUCAUGUGGUGUAUUUCAGGAAGGUGUCUCUUUAUUAUAAUAAUAAUAAUAAUAAUAAUAUGCCAUUUAGCAGACGCUUUUAUCCAAAGCGACUUACAGUCAUGCGUGCAUACAUUUUUGUGUAUGGGUGGUCCCGGGGAUCGAACCCACUACCUAGGCGUUACAAGCGCCGUGCUCUACCAGCUGAGCUACACAGGACCACACUUUCUUAUUUUUGAUUUAACCUGUAGUUCAUCCGCUCUACAUGGGAGGCCUUUUUUCCUUCUUUCCAAUAUUAACAAAGGUCAACUAGGUAUAGUACUGUGUGCAUGUGCAUUUCAUGCUGAUAUAUAGCUAGUGUAUUUUUUAUGGUAAAGAUUGAGGGCUAGCAGCUAUUGAAUCAUUUACCAUAUUACUGCAGUCUAGGCACUGGGUCUUUUUAAUGGACUGUUGAGUGGAGGGAGGCAUGUUGACUGUGACAGCUCACGGAAAGAACAGCCUUCCCAGCACAGAUUUAGUUUUAAUCCCUAAUGGCACCCUUUUUCCAUAUUUACAUUUACAUUUUAGUCAUUUUAGCAGACGCUCUUAUCCAGAGCGACUUACAGUUAGUGAGUGCAUACAUUUUUCAUACUGUACAUAGUGCAAUACAUUUGACCAGAGCCCUAUGCCCUAGAGAGCACAAACCUGUGGGCCCUGGUCAAAGUAGUGCACUGUGUAGGGGAUAGGGUGCCAUUUGGGACGGACCCUUUCAUGUGAAAUGCAAGCUAGGAUCUGAAUAUAAGGAGCUGUUUGAGCGUGUGUGAGCAUUGAACCUAGUGUUCUCCGGAGUACAUUCCCAUUGUGCCAUUCAAAACCCACCGCUGACAUGAUCAAAUAAGGAGAUCAUGAUUUUUCUCCUCUGAUCUUUCCAGCGUCUCUCAGAACUUCUCAAAUGACCCACAAGGUGGCGCAGCGUCCCGCUUCCAUUCUUUGGGGAGAGCCCUGCCUGUGUUCCAAUCUAAACCAGGUGUGUUCCUCUGUAACCCCUCCAGGUGGAGGAGAACCUGGUGAAGGUGCGUAACGCUGGAACAGAGCAGGACCUGGGCAUCCAGUACAAGGCCUUGAAACCAGAGGUGGACAAACUCAACAUGAUGGCUGCCAAGAGACAGCAGGUAUGUACUGGACUGUCUGAUUGGGGGGGGGGGGGGGGGUGCUGUCAGGAGACAGCAGUCAUGUCUGUACUAAGGGAGGUGUCUGGGCUGGAGUGGGAGAUGACAGUCGGGGUGGGGUGAAGUGCUAUGAAGGGUAGGCGAUGGUGUGACAGAGAUAGAGGGUGGAGAGAUGUAGCGAGGGACUGAGAGAAACAUGGGAGAUGGAUGUUAGUAGGUUGCUUAGCUACUGAGGCCCUAUUUCCACUACGGGAGAUGGAGAGCCUGAGUGACGAAAGAGAUUUCUACUUUUCAAUUCACAUUACGGUCUUACCUUUCGUUGUGUGGCUGGCAACGCGACAUUCUGGGUCCGCAGCUCAGAUUGACCGUAAAUAUCACAGUACCCACUAGCCUCUAAGCACAUGCUAUUUAACAAUCCAAGCAACUUUUCUUCUAAAACAUUUUUACAAUAUUGAAUAAUGCAACCAAACCAUAUUACACUCUUGAAUAAUGCUACAAUCCACAAGCAGACAAAGGGUUUAUUUUCUUGCCGUGCAACAUUAAAUGAGGUGACGAUGCACAGCUAACUCCUGUUGGCUAGCUAACAUGCUUCAUGAUCAAGCAAUGUUAGCAUAUCAAUAAUGAACUUUUACCCCUCCCAUGCUAUUAUAAAAGUACAGUAACGCUAUCAUAGUGUCAUUCAUAUUAUAACAGGCUACUAGCAAGCUAGCUAAACAAAAUAAUUUCUGCAUCCUCACGUAAACGUCACAGAACAAUGAGACGGAUAUUUCACCUCCAGUAUAAAUGUGAAGCAUCCGCUUGUCCUUUCUACUCGCUACCAAAUAUGGUAGUGAGAGGAAGCCCGGUGGCCGGCAGUGGGAGAAGAUGGAACAAGGUGGAUUUUGGCCGACGUUCUGCAAAUGUUCUCAUCGAUGAAACAUUUUUGAUCUCAAUACAGUUUUAUUUUCCCCAAAAAUAGGAAUCUGUUACGAACAGAGUGGACUAAGUUUUGUAGACUUUGCCCUUUGCCAAAGUUAUUUAAAAAAUGGUGCUGUUUUAGGAGUGGAAAAAAAGGCGAAUUGAGUUAUUGCACACGCGCACUUCAGAGUAGGAAAUAUGGAAAUGCCAUGCUAGAAUGCCUCAAUAGGAUCUUGUUAGUUGGUGCUCAACAGAGAUGAGGGAGUGAGAGAACAGAGGAUGUAUACAGGCUGGAUGCAGGCAGCACAGGGUGACCAGAUCCAUUAUGUAGAGAUGGGAACGGGUCUCCGUCAGUGCAGUUUCAUGAUGAAUUCCCCAGGUGAUAUAGCGGCAUCACCAGGCUGUUCGGAUAGGAUUCACACACACAGAUUACAGAAUAAUCUCCAUAGUCUUCAUUAUUAUAUUUCACUUUGUCCUAUCCGAACAGCCUGGUGAUGCCGCUAUAUCACCUGGGGAAUUCAUCAUGAAUGUUAAUUUUCCUAUUUUGUCUUUCCAGUCUCGUGUUGGUUUAGCACCAAACCAACCAGGUUGUUGUAAAUAAAUGUGUACCUUUCUUUUGUUAGUAGACUAAUAUAAACUUGAGAUACACCAAUCUGUGUGCGAUUCAAUUCCUCCUGCAGUGUGAAGGUACAUCCAUACACUUGUGCGUGAGGCAGGGGCCAAUGUUGAUUUCAUUUAUGCCAUCAGUUUAAUAAUAAUAAUAAUAAUAAUAAUAUGCCAUUUAGCAGACGCUUUUAUCCAAAGCGACUUACAGUCAUGCGUGCAUAAUUUUUUUUGUGUAUGGGUGGUCCCGGGGAUUGAACCCACUACCUUGGCGUAACAAGCGCCGUGCUCUACCAGCUGAGCUACAGAGGACCACAAGUUUAUUCUGCCUAGUUCUUGGCUGCAUUUUAAACGGCACCCUAUUUCUUAUAUAGUGCACUUUUGACUAGGGCCUAUAGUGCACUGUAUGGGGAAUAGGGUGUCAUUGGGGAGGCAGCGGUGCUGUGCUGUCUCCCUGGCUCUUCUAUAAAAACCAUAACGCUGGGAGCCAGUAGUACAGAGCUGUGCGUUUAGAGCUGUACGGCAGGGCCUAUUGGAAUGGUAUGAUGAUGACUGUGUGCUGUAUCACCACAGGGGAAUGACAGACGGGCGGAGAGGAGAAUCUAGGUCGCUCAGGCCAAGCGGCUCUCUGUCAUGAGGGCGUAACGUGACUUUCUUGAAUCUGAAUGAUCAACUCAGUCUUCUCUUCUCUCUGAGCUCCUUUUCUUUCUGGUCCUGUCUGGUCCUGUCUGGUCCGGUCUGGUCCUGUCUGGCCCUGUCUGGUCUGGCCCUGUCUGGUCUGGCCCUGUCUGGUCUGGCCCUGUCUGGUCUGGCCCUGUCUGGUCUGGCCCUGUCUGGUCUGGCCCUGUCUGGUCUGGUCCUGUCUGGUCUGGUCCUGUCUGGUCUGGUCCUGUCUGGUCUGGUCCUGGUCUGGUCCUGUCUGGUCCUGUCUGGUCUGGUCUGGUCCUGUCUGGUCCUGUCUGGUCCUGUCUGGUCCUGUCUGGUCCUGUCUGGUCCGGUCCGGCCCUGUCUGGUCUGGUCAGGUCUGGUCCUGUCUGGUCUGGUCCUGUCUGGUCCGGUCUGGUCUGGUCCUGUCUGGUCCUGUCUGGUCCUGUCUGGUCCUGUCUGGUCCUGUCUGGUCCGGUCUGGUCUGGUCCUGUCUGGUCUGGUCCUGUCUGGUCUGGUCCUGUCUGGUCUGGUCCUGUCUGGUCUGGUCCUGUCUGGCCCUGUCUGGUCUGGUCCUGUCUGGCCCUGUCUGGUCUGGUCCUGUCUGGUCUGGUCCUGUCUGGUCCGGUCUGGUCUGGUCUGGUCUGGUCUGGUCCGGUCCUGUCUGGUCCUGUCUGUCUGUCGUAAUUUAAUGUUUUCAGAUAGUGUAAUAAUACACAUUGUCUCUCCCUCUCUGUAGGAGUUGAAGGAUGUUCACCAUAAGGAUCAGAUGGCGGCUGCCCGCGGUGUUCUCCAGAGGAACAUUCCCAUGCUCUACACCGCCUCACGCGCCUGCCUCCAACACCCGGACGUGGCCGCAUACAAGGUCUGUAAUGUUUUGUAACUUUGUCCUUUUAGAUGUUUGUUUUACCAUUAUGGCCCCGUAAGUGGUCCUUGAAACUGUUUUAAUGUAAUGCUUUCAAGAACUAUCGUUUGGGAUGAAAUGAUAAUACGUUAACUUCAAUAGCACAUUUCAUUACAUACAGAAUCUCAAAGCACUUCAAAGCCACAUCUUGUUGAUGUAUUUAUUAUCUUUAGUUGUAAAUAACAUUGAGUUUAAUUCCGUUCUCCAGGCGAACCGGGACCUGAUCUACAAGCAGCUUCAGCAAGCUGUCUCCGGCAUCUCUAACGCUGCCCAGGCCACCGCCUCAGAUGAUGCUGCCUUCAACCACCCUGCCGGGGGAGGGGAGCUGGCCUACGCGCUCAACAACUUUGACGUAAGUCUAGUCCCCUACUAUAGUGGGGUGUUGGGAUGGGUUAAAAUAAAACAUAUCCCCUACUUUCUUCCCCUCGCUCUCUUCACCUCGCUCUCUUUCGUCCCCUCUCUCCCUUUGUAA